AUGCAGAGCAUAUCAACCUGCAAGAGAGUGCCACGCCAUUCCUCCCGAACACGGGAUUGUAACAGUGUGCGUAUACGUCUUCUGCUGCGGCGGCUGCAUUUCAAUCAUCGAUACAAUCGUCACGAAAGAACGCCGGCUACAAUCCGGUGUCCGAGCAUCGAGCAAACAUGAGCAAUUGAUGGAUUUGGCGAGUGCAGAGGAACUACGAGCGAAGAAAUAAAUCUGCCUGUGUGGAAGCGACAUUUUUGUUUCCAUCACGCAUCACCACAACCACACCGCACACAGUCGUCCGUCAUCGUAGUAGGCGCAAGAAAGGCAUAGGAGGCGGUAUCGCGCUGUUGUGCUGAAGGCAUCUAGUCAACGUUGCGUUAUUGCCGGGGCUGAUCGAUCUGGUAUCUGAUUGGAUCCGCGGGAAUCUAGCGACGAUGGAGCACGUUUCCAAGCUCCGUAUGAAUCUCGAGAAGCAGGAGAGCCUGGUCAAGCUGGGUAUUCUCACGACGGCAGCGAUUCUAUCAUUCUCAACGCGUCUAUUCUCGGUGCUGCGAUUCGAGAGCGUUAUCCAUGAGUUCGAUCCGUAUUUCAACUAUCGAACCACAAAGUUCCUGGCCGAGCAGGGAUUCUACAACUUUCACAACUGGUUCGAUGACCGAGCGUGGUACCCGUUGGGCCGUAUCAUCGGCGGUACCAUCUACCCGGGACUGAUGGUGACCUCGGCCACCCUGUACCGAAUCAUGUGGUUGCUGAACAUCACCGUGGACAUCCGGAAUGUCUGCGUGUUCCUGGCGCCCUUCUUCUCGUCGCUGACUACGAUCGUGACGUAUCUGUUGACGAAGGAAAUCUACACCACCGGGGCCGGCCUGGUGGCAGCAGCAAUGAUCUCUAUCGUUCCGGGAUACAUCUCCCGUUCGGUGGCCGGUUCCUAUGACAACGAAGGUAUCGCCAUCUUCUGUAUGCUGUUGACCUACUACAUGUGGAUCAAGGCGGUGAAAACGGGAGCCAUUUUCUGGGCUACGAUGGCUGCGCUGGCCUACUUCUACAUGGUUUCCUCCUGGGGAGGCUACGUGUUCCUGAUCAACUUGAUUCCGCUGCACGUACUGGCUCUGAUGGCCACCGGCCGGUUCACGCACCGGGUGUACAUCGCCUACAGCACUUUGUACACCAUCGGAACGAUCCUGUCGAUGCAGAUCUCCUUCGUCGGAUUCCAACCCGUCCAAAGCUCGGAACAUAUGCUGGCCUUCGGCGUGUUCGGCCUGUGUCAGUUGCACGCCUUCGUCGAUUACGUACGCUCCCGGGUUUCCAAAGAGCACUUCGAAAUCCUGUUCAACGCACUGGUGGUGUCCAUUGCCACGAUCACCGUCCUGCUGAGUCUGAUUCUUACCCUGACCGGUAAGAUUUCCCCGUGGACCGGACGGUUCUACUCCCUUCUGGAUCCGUCCUACGCCAAGAAUCACAUUCCCAUCAUCGCUUCCGUCUCGGAACAUCAGCCGACCUCGUGGUCGUCGUUCUACUUCGACCUGCAGAUACUGGUGUUCCUGUUUCCGGCCGGUUUGUACUUCUGCUUUUCGAAGCUAUCCGACGCCAAUAUUUUCAUCAUCCUGUACGGAGUUACGUCCAUCUACUUUGCGGGUGUCAUGGUGCGUUUGAUGUUGGUCCUCGCGCCGGUGAUGUGCGUCCUUUCGGGUAUUGCUAUCUCGCACCUGUUGAGUAAGUACAUCCGCAACGUGGAUACCAGUGGAAGCAGUGCGGGUGGUUCCAAGCCACUCGAUGCCAAGAAGGCCAAAAAGUUCGAACAGCAGUCGCCGAUGAAGAGUGAAAUCGCCAACGCAUUCGUGGUGGUCAUUACGCUGCUGCUGAUUACGUAUACAUUCCACUGCACGUGGGUCACCUCGGAGGCGUACAGUUCUCCCAGUAUUGUGCUGAGCGCUCGGUCCCACGAUGGAGGACGGAUCAUCUUCGAUGACUUCCGCGAGGCUUACUACUGGCUCAAAAUGAACACACCGGAGGAUGCUCGCGUCAUGUCGUGGUGGGAUUACGGCUACCAGAUAACGGCCAUGGCAAACCGGACCAUUCUGGUGGACAACAACACGUGGAACAAUACGCACAUUUCACGGGUCGGCCAAGCGAUGGCCUCGACUGAAGACAAGGCUUAUGAGAUUAUGAAGGAACUGGACGUCGACUAUGUGCUGGUAAUCUUCGGCGGUCUGACGGGGUAUUCCUCCGAUGACAUCAACAAGUUCCUGUGGAUGGUGCGCAUCGGUGGUAGCACCGACCGCGGUGCCCACAUCAAGGAAACCGACUACUACGCCACGAGCGGUGAUUUCCGCAUCGACAAGGAAGGCUCGCCUACUUUGCUCAACUGUUUGAUGUACAAAAUGUGCUACUACCGGUUCGGUCAGGUGUAUACCGAAGGCGGUAAGGCACCCGGAUACGAUCGGGUCCGCGGAGCCGAAAUUGGCAACAAAGACUUCGAGCUGGACGUGCUGGAGGAAGCCUACACGACCGAACACUGGUUGGUACGAAUCUACAAGGUGAAAGACUUGAGCAAUAGGGGUGUUUAAGGAUGCUUCUUUUUCGUGGAUACACUAAUGAUGAUGGAGAAUAAUAUUUUCAAUCGACUUUCCUAUGACUUGAAAUUUAUCACUUAAAAUUGUGUACUCAAACUCAUUAUCUGUAGUUUUCGAAAUUAUUUCUACAAAAUUCUUUGAUAAACAGCAUUAACGCAUACAGUCGCACCCCGCAAAACACGAGUCCUAGUUAGAUAGUGUGUUAUUAGGUACUAGAAUAUGCAAUUGGAGCUCAAUUUUCAAGGCAAAAAUUGGGCGAAUAUGACAUCAUUGCAAACAAUGAAAACCACUACUAAAAGCGAAUAAAUUAGUCUGCCACUAAAAAAAGAGAACAAAAGAAUAAAACACUGGUAGUUUUAACGAAACAUUUUUUAACGUACGUAUGAUGGUAAUACAUUACGCGCAUUGUGCUGAGCAGAAUUCGUGCAUUUAUAAUUGCUACAAAUACGUUUUUUUUGUAUCAGUUCACCGGAACACACAGUCACAAAAGGAUACUGAGAAUAAAAAUAACACAACAAACCAAAAGAA